AUGACACCAACCAUACUCUUGUUGAUCCUGGUUAUCGUGAGAGGUUCUCCUGUAGGAAGCGCACCAUCGAAAUCAUACUCAGAGAAAAUCACUCCCAAAGUCGACUUCGGAAGCGGAACAACUUGGGCUGUGCGAUUUCAACUCACAAACAAGCAGUUCAAGAACAUGUGCAACGCCCGUCUCACUGUCCCGACCGACCUUAUCAAACUUUAUACUGAACGCCUCGAGCUAGACAUCGAAAUCCAGUUUCUUUUGGACGACAAGCCUCUCAGUCAGCUUGGCUCGAUGAGAGUUUCAAACUUCAAGCAAUACACAAACAACCCUAAAAGAGCUUACGCAGAAGUACAUACAAGAAAGCUCGAGCGCGCAAAGAGUCAGCUGCUGCGCUCGAUGCCCGAGUAUCACGACGCUGUUGCCGAAUACAAGCCUGUGGAUGAUUUGUAUUUCGAAUUCGAUUCAAAAAGCUCAUGUGCGCGAAAAAUCCGCAGCAGACGAUCCACUAGAGCUAUUCAGCACGCACGCGCCAGACGAGAUACUUCGAGGAGUUGGUCCGCUCCCAGCUGUCGCCGGUACGAGCUCGUCGUCGACAUUUCCGAAAUGUACCAGAGCGUCACCGUCGAGCCGAGCAUCAUCAACGUUGGUACGUGCAUCAACCCCCAGCACAAAAUGCACCCGAAGCAGCAGAAGAACAGCAGGCAGCCGUACGAUGAGCGCGUGCUCCACUUGCGCUCCAUCUCACAGCAACAGUGCACGGAGGACUACGACAACCAGUCGAAAAGCAGCGCGCGGGAUCAUAUCUUCAGCUACAGAAACAUCAAGGAGCACUUCGCCCACGCCAACGAAAAGGCCAGCACCGACUUCAGCCGAUCCAUCAUCCCCGCGCAGUGCUUCCCCAAGAGCUACGAGAAUGCAUCUAUAGGAAUAGCCUACCACAACAACCCCAAAGAGCCGAUGAAGCAUCACACGAUGAUGGACGCGAUCAUUGUCGACUGUGGCUGCCACUAA